CACCUCAAAAAGCGAGAAAAGCGAACAAAACCCGUUCUUUCAGGGACUCCUCUCACAUAGCCCUUAUUCUGCUUCUCAAAUUAGGGUUUCAAAUAAAGCGGCCAGAUCGGAUUUACCGUCCUAACUAGAAAGUCCAGUUCGACCGUUCGAGAUGACACAAGAGCAGGACAACAAAAGGGCGGUGCUGGUGCUGCAGAAUGAAGCCCCGUACAGCCAGCGGAGAUCCUAUACCAACGAGGACGAGGCCUGGAAGUCUUUCCUGGAGAAUCCGCUCACAGCUGCCACCAAGGCAAUGAUGAGCAUCAACGGAGAUGACGACAGCGCAGAGGCUUUGGGGUUGCUGUACGAUUAUUACAAGGUGCCAAGAGAAAAGAGAAUGCUCUCGACUUCAAAACCAGAAGUUACUUUGACUGAUGGUGAUCUCGCCAAAAGGAACUGCAUGGUUUCUGUGCCAGAACCAGCUAUGUUGGCAGGAGAGAACAGACUCCAGCUUUUAAAGGGGCUUCCACUCAACAUUGUCAUGCCUGGAAACCAGCAGGACAAGAGGAACCACUUCCCCUCCCCGGAUACCACAGUAACUGUCUCAAUUGCCACAGUCCCCAACUACGCCAUGAAGACUGAAGCAUCGUCCCACAGCUUCACGGUGGGGAACCCUCCCGGUGUACACUGUGCCGAGCCAGACAGCCGCAUCGUUGUGUUUGACCGUCGUCUCAACCCAGACCACUUCAGUCCCAACCCCCAGCCCCAGAACUCCCAACGCAGGACACCAGACUCCACCUUCACAGAGAGCUUCAAAGACGAGGCCGAUCAGGUAUUUUCUUUCCCUAGCGACCUGCAGUUAAGAAUGGAGCCGGAUGGUUAUACAUUUGACAGCAUUUCAGGGAAUCAUUUCGAGUACACACUGGAAGCCUCGAAAUCCCUUCGGCAGAAGUCAGGAGAUGGCACAAUGACCUACCUGAACAAGGGGCAGUUCUAUCCAAUCACACUGAAGGAGCAUGGAAGGGGCAAAGGACUGCAUCACCCAAUCAGCAAAGUCCGGAGUGUCAUCAUGGUUGUGUUUGGGGAAGAGAAAUGCAGGGAUGACCAGCUCAAGCACUGGAAAUACUGGCACUCUCGGCAACACACCGCCAAACAGAGAUGCGUUGACAUUGCUGAUUAUAAAGAAAGCUUCAAUACGAUCAGCAACAUUGAAGAGAUUUCAUACAACGCCAUCUCCUUCACCUGGGACAUAAAUGAUGAAGCAAAGAUCUUCAUCUCUGUGAACUGUCUGAGCACUGACUUCUCCUCUCAGAAGGGUGUCAAGGGCCUUCCCCUCAACCUCCAGAUCGACACGUACAGCUACAACAACCGCAGCAACAAGCCCAUCCACCGUGCCUUCUGCCAGAUCAAAGUGUUCUGCGACAAGGGAGCUGAGCGCAAGAUCCGGGACGAGGAGAGGAAGCAGUCUAGGAGGAAGGGGAAGGGCACUGACCUCCCUGCUCCCCUCAGUACCUAUUCAGACGUCAAGAUUCCACUUAUUGUCAAAAGGACUGACAUCACAACUUUCAAACCGAUGAGCGAGUUUGAGACUCAGCCCGUUCUCUUCAUCCCUGAUCUCCACUUUGCGAACCUGCAGCGCAAUCCAUUUGGCUCAGAAGAUAUGGCAGAAGGGGAUGGGAUGAAAAGGGGACCCUUCGUGUCCGAUGAAGACUUUGGUUCAACUCCGAGAAAAGUCGCCAGGAUUGAUGAGCACACAAAAGUGCUCCUGUAUGUAAGGAAAGAGUCUGAGGAAGUAUUUGAUGCAAUUUUGCUGAAGACCCCAUCUCUGAAAGGACUGAUGGAAGCAGUUUCAGAGAAAUAUGAUGUGCCAAUAGAAAAAGUGGAAAAAGUUUACAAGAAGUGCAAAAAAGGGAUCCUGGUUAAUAUGGAUGACAACAUUGUGAAGCAUUACUCCAACGAAGACACCUUCCAGAUAGCGAUUGAGGAAAUGGGAGGAUCCUAUAAACUCACCCUUACUGAAAUAUAAUUCAGAGGUUCAGAACUCGAGAAUUGAUGAAGUAAUAAAUUGUACAGUGCAUUAAUUAGGUAUCAAGUGCAUGAAUAUUUCGACGUACGAAGCUUGUCAAUACGCGGGCUGUAACAAAUGUUACAGCAUACAGACAGGACACUAGUUUACACAUUUCUAUUAUCUUCUGCGUUAUAAAGUUGAAUUAUUUUCUGUUUCUUGAACUACUGUUGCCUUUCAGGUAGCAAGUGGGCAUUUGGAAAAUUGGUUCCCAUGUUUUUGUGUGAAGGAAUUUCAUUAGAACUGGCAAAUUUGGUGGCAUUUUUGUUCUAAACAUCAUGUCAUAUAUAAUAAUAAUAAUAAUAAUAAUAAUAAUAAUAAUAAUAAUAAUAAUAAUAAUAAUAAUAAUGUUUAGCACAGUAACAUAAUGUAAAUUGUCAUAUGUGAUGAUGUAUAAGGAAAAGAUAAGAAUGCCUUGCCCGUACUGUGGAUCUUGUGGUACAUGAUCCAUAUUUUGCUGCAAAACACCUAAGGUCUUCCUCAAAAUCUUUAGUAAAUAGUACUAAAUUACAUUAAUAUUAAACAAAUGGUGUUAUCUUAAAAACAUCCGAAAACCUUUAACCCUGCUCUACACCUGUUUCCAUUAAUCACUGAAUAUAUUAUUUGUAUUUUUUUUUUUAUUGUAAUCAGCCCUGAGGAAAACCCUAGUUGGUUAAUAUAAAGAAGUGUGUGUCUUUCAAUGCACUGCAGUCCCGGACCUUGUUUUAACCCCUAACUCAGUUAUUGAACUGAGCAACACAGACUUGUAAAUUCAGCAGGUCCUUAACAGUAUUGAGACGUGCCACUGUUUAGGUCAAUAAAAUAACAACAAUGUUGACAUUUCUGGUGUUUUUUGUGAAGAGUGGUACAUGGAAAGCAAAUGUUCAAGUGGUGUUAUUAAAGGUGCUGUUUCCAUCACUUGCGUGUAGAAUUGUUGCCAGCCAGGGUCUUUUAAUUACCAAAAUUACAAAGCUGUAUAAUCUGUUUCUAUUUUAAAAUUACUGCCUCAGUUCUGGGGGUCUGAAUCCUGUUACUAUAACCUAUCUAGAAGUAUCCAGUCUUAUGUGUAUAGUAAGUGCAAUACAUAAUUUUAAAUAUAUAAUAUAAAUAUAUGUGUUUUAUACUCUACUCUCCUUCUUAAUGUUUUGCUAAGGAAUGGGUACAAAAUGUGUUCAGUGUCCAGAUAUUGUGUUAACAUUUCUUUUUUUUUAAACAUAUACAAAAUGGUAACUUCAGUCAUGCAUUGUCUCACUGUUACGGAUAUUUCGGGUCAUAGAAACGCUAUGUUUAUUUUUUAUUUUUAUAUCAGUCUUAUUGGUAAAAGGCUAUACUGUACUUGUCAUACACAAAGUACUUAACUGUUUGUCAUAAAACAGGGAAUGGGUUGUAUGUCCUUUUGUUUUGCUUGUGUAAUAUAAAUUAUGUAUAAAUGAUGUUUAUAUCAAAGGGAAAACAUUGAGCUCAGCUUUUUUUGUUUGUUUGUUUUACAUUGAUGAGAUCUUUUGUUUUUAAUAAACCCUGUUUAUGAUAUCAUGAA